AUGCAAGACUCACAGACGAACAAUGAACAAGAACGAAAUGAACAAUAUCAGAAACAAAUCCGUGAAUGGGGACAAGUUGACGAAAAAAUUGAACAACGAGGCACUGAAGCAAGCAACACUCAAGCUUGUGACCGCAAUGCUUCAGUUCAGUCCAACGACGGCAGUCCACAAGAUGAUGGCAGAGAAUUACCACCACGUGAAAGUGCUUCUCUUUUUAAGGAGAACGAAGAUAUGACAAAUUCUUACGCUAAUGAUGGUUUCAGCAAGAGACAAAAUGCAAAGCAAUGGGGUGGUCGAGCAAAUUUAGCGCAAGAGAACAGAGGUCGAAAGAUGUUCCCGGAGCGAAAUGGCUUGAAUGCUACUACUGAUAUCAGUAGUGAUAGUGCUAAUUGGAAUCAACAGGCUGGAACAAGUAAUAGGCAUCGAAGUAAUGAUGAUAGAAACAAAUUCCAGAAAGGGCAGCAAAAAUAUUUUGAUCGUGGAGAUGAAGACGCGGUAAAACCAGCUAGCAAAGCGAGAUCUCGUGAACGGGGAGGGUAUCGCUCGGAGCAUCCAGCUUCAAUGCAUGGUCAACGUCUUGUUAGAGAAGUCACAAAAAGUACUGUUCAAGGCGAUCGUAUGAAUUUCACCGAUAAUGAUAGGGACAGUGGUAAUCGUUAUUAUUCGGAGGCUCGAUCAGCAAGAAGAAAGAAUGAGGAAUGGAGUCAUGAUAAAGGUGGCGAUGACGAAAACGGUAAUUUGAGUGCUCAAGAUAAGCGUCAACUAGCUGCGUGGAAUGUUGGGAGCGAGAAUGAGAAUGACAAUUGCAUGCAG